AUAGAGGGCUCACUUCUACUUCAUAAAUCAACAAGGCAAGAUGCAACAACUCGACUCACGUUGAAAAGUGUUAUUUGUAAAUUUUAUGCAAUAUUUUAUUAUAUGAACAUUUACUGGAAUGUUUACCCAGCUAAGUGAGCCGAGAAAAAAAAAAAGAGUACAUUGCGAGGAAGCGGCACCAUUUCCGGUGCCCAUUGCCUCCAUUACCAACAAACCCGCCUCAAACCAACGCUGGUUUUAUUACAAUGCUUUACUAAAAGCUGGCAGUGUUUAUGUUACACAAGAGGGCGAUAUUCACUUUUUGUACAAAAUGGGUUUUUUCGGUAAGGGAAUUUUAUCUCGAGGAAAACCACAACACUCAAGGUUUAUUUCAUCAUUCCAAGGUUUAAAGAGGAAGAAUUUACCACCAAAGGAGAGACGAUUUCAACAGCAACGCUUCCAGACAGUAAGGAAACAAAGGUAUGAAAGGCAUCUAGCAUGGUAUAAGCACCUUGUCAAGAGGAAACAAGUACAAACAAACAAUGCAAAUCAGACAGCUGGCAAUGCUGAUGACAAAAAUGUUGCAGACGAUGAAGGAAGCGAUAAUGUAGCAGACGAUGAAAGGAUGGAGAUGGAGGGGGACAAUGAGCAAAAACCACAUAGCGAAGGAUCAUCAUUAUCAUCAUCCUCAUCAUCUAUAUCAUCAUCAGAUGAGGAUGGUGAUGAAAUAAGUGAUGACGUCAAAAUGAAACGUAUUCGUUUAUCAGAUUCUGCAACUAUGCAACAUGCUACAAGUGUUGAUCAAGAUUUAGAUUCAUGUAAACAGAAUACAAACACUUUAGACGAGACAUGUGAAGGAACAAGUAUAGAUGAAAUUGGCACAAGAAAAGUUAAAACAAAAAAAUAUGCAGACCCAAGUAAGCAAAUCGACCAAUCAGAUGCUGAUUCAUUUGAUUGCAACACAAACAGUUUGGACGAGGCGAAUGAAGGAGGGAGUCUGAAAGAGAGUGACAAAGUUGAGAAAAGAAAAUUUGAGAUUGACCAAUCCACUUCUUGUUCACUUGAGCUAACUGACUCACAAACAGUUCCAUCGACCCCAUCUUGCCUACAAGUGGAAGGAAAAGAACCAGCUGAAAGCAUUAAAUUACAUCCUGGCACCCAAGCAUUAAGUCAUAUGAUAGAUAAAACCAAAAAGAAACUGAAGCAUAAUACUAACAAAGAAGACCCAUAUAAAAUUUAUGAAUACCUACAACUGAGCUUAGAGGAGGCAUUUUUCUUAUCAUAUGGUCUUGGCUGUUUAGUAGUUCGGAGUGAGAACAAGGAACUGAUGAAUCUCACAGAUAUGUGGAAGGAGUUCUGCUCUCGUCAGCCAACGUUCCUGCGUAAUUACAUUGCGUAUCAUUAUUACCGCAGCAGAGGCUGGGUUCCAAAGACAGGCGUCAAAUUUGGAGCUGAAUUCAUUUUGUACAAGAAAGGACCGCCAUUUUACCACGCCUCAUAUUCUGUUAUAGUACGAAUGGCUGAUGAGAGGUCGUUGGUGUCAACAAAUGAUGCAAAGGAGCGGUGGUCAAGAUGGGCUGGAUUAAACAGGGUCACAGAAACUGUUGCUAAGGAAGUACUAUUCUGUUACGUGAUCAAGCCCGCCUUGUUAACGGAGCAAGACCUAAUGUCUCCAAAAUGCAUCAGCAGUUUUACCAUCAAGGAGAUUGUCAUGAAGAGAAUAGUGCCCUCUAGAGAACGAGCAAAUCCGCAAUUGCCUCCAGAGAUAACAUGAGAUACCUGUAUACAUAUUGUACUCGCUCCAGAGAUACCACAAUAAUGACCUUCAUUUUCAGUACAUAUCACAAAUGUGAGGUCUCACUACAAAAUGAGUCUCAUCGUUAGAAAAUCAAAAAAAGAGUUUAUAUUACAUUUUGGUAGAUCACAUUAUAAGCUUUAAUUUGGUCUUUGAAUGGUAUCCCUAGGAUAAAU